AUGUCACUAGACCCGAAGUACGCGGACUUACCAUGGAUUGCUCAUGGACAACCAGAUGUCUACGAGGCUGGGGAACUCCCAGAAGCAGAUCAAAUGAUGAAGGAAACCGUCGAGGAUACAAUGUCGGCUAGAGAGAUAGAGGUUGUUAAACUGUCAGUAUCAGAAGCACAUAAACGAUUUGCUGGCUGUAAGGUUGAUUCUUCAAACGUUGACUUUUCCGACUCAAUAUCUGGGAAUGGUAAAAUUGGAUAUGCAAUAGAAACGGAUCAGUAUGAUUUUUUUUCUCCCGAGUCAAAGGAUAAAGAGUCAUUUGUGAACAGAUUCCAGCGUUUGCAGACAGAGACGCAUCAGCUAAUUAGUGACCUACAAGCUGUAUCAGACCAAAAUAAUCUAAACCCAAAAGAACCUUUUUCUACUGCUCAACUACUGUCGUGCGCAGAAAUGUUAUCUGAGAAGUUAUCAACGAUUAAUCCUGCCGAAUUGUCUACUGUAUGCUCGGACUCAUCUGAUACUGUUGGUCAAACGUUGCAUAGUAAAAUUUUGAGACAGAUUGAUGAGUUCAAACCGGAAAAACCAGCUUCUAGAAUUCCAAACAAGUCAAAUCAUUUAAUCUACGAAAUAUAUGACCGAAAGAGCUCUAUCCAGCAAUCAGAUACUGAAAAAGUGGCGGAUAUCGAUCCUCUAACAGCAGAUACAACUACUCAUGGUCUUCUAGAAGCAUGUUCGCGUCUGUCCGCUCGUUCGUCGUUAUUUCAGCAAGGAUAUCUUGAUAUGAUUGAAGCUCGCUUAGCAUCAUUGCAGGGAAAGUUACAAGCUGUUACUGAAAAGCGAGAGGCUAUCGCGGACUAUGAUAUGCAAAAUAAAAUCGCAGAACUUUACGAACUGGUAAAGAAAUGGAAUGAUGUAGCCGAAAGUUUACCUGUGAUUGUAGAACGACUUAGCACCCUAAAAUCACUACAUGAAGAAGCAUCACAAUUUAGCCACUCUCUGUGUACAAUAGAAUCAAGUCAAAAAAAUGUGGAAGGAAGUUUAUCUUCAUAUACCAAACUUUUAGAAGAGGUAGCUUCAUCCUACAUUAGUUUCGUUUUAUUUCAGGUACAAAACAAUGUUAUCAAGAACAUGGAGGUUAUAAAGGACAACUUCACCACCAUAGAAUCACAUUUUCCAAUUAGUUCUAAAUAA